CUUAUCGAAUCGUUUGUCAGAUCGAUCUAUAGCGGUAUAUAAGGAACAUUUGUCUGCUGCUAAAAACCUAUUCCGCAUUCAUAAAAUAGAUUAAUAAUUAUGAGUGUCACGACGAUUUGCCUGUUUCUCCUAGUAGGAGCGUCGUUCAAUUUCAUUCACGGAGCAUCAAUUCCCGAAGGAAGAGUCGUCGAUGGUCAAGAAGCAAAAGUCAAUCAAUUUCCCUGGCAAGUAUCACUGAGGCGUAAUUACGGGCAGCAUUUUUGCGGCGGUUCUCUGAUAUCCACAACCACGGUGCUUACAGCAGCACAUUGUGUCGAUAGUUAUGUAAAUUCACCUGAAAGUAUAAGCGUCAUAACCGGGGCCGUCAGUCUUGCCAGGGGUGGUGAAUUUCAUAGAGUUUCCAGGAUCGUUCAUCAUGAAAAUUACAUCGAAGGCGCGGAAUAUUCGUGGCGCUACGACGUAGCGCUUAUUACGCUUGAAACUCCAGCGGAACCAUCGGAUACACAGUCUCCGAUAGCCCUGGGGGAUACUGUAAUACCCGGAGGAACAGCCGCAGUUACAAGCGGAUGGGGACUUUUUAUCUAUAGUCCGACGGCAAACGCUCUUCCAACCGCACUUCAAUGGUUCAAUUUGAAUGUUGUAUCGACUUCGGUAUGCCAGGAAUAUUUUCCGGAGAUACAAAUUUACGAAGACCACAUAUGCGCUCUGAGUAGGAUUGGACAGGGAGUAUGCAGUGGUGACAGUGGCGGCCCACUCGUCGUGAACAAAAAAGUCGUAGGAAUUACUUCGUGGGUUAGUCCUUGUGGCAACGGAUAUCCAGAUGUGUACACGAGAGUUUCUUCGUACGUUGAUUGGAUCAAGAAACACAUGAAAGAUUGUGUCCUCUAUUUUUCGGGAAUCCUCUUAGGGGUUUGCGCUAUUUCAAAUGGAGCAUCGAUUCCCGAAGGAAGAAUAGUCGGCGGUUCUGCAGCAGCGGAGAAUGAAUUUCCCUGGCAAGUAUCAUUCAGGAGAAAUUACGGGCAGCAUUUUUGUGGCGGUUCGCUGAUAGCCUCCACGAAGGUUUUAACCGCGGCGCAUUGCAUCAUUUCUUACGUUGAUACACCGCGUGCGGUUCACGUUGUUACCGGAGCUAUUAGUAUCGCUAAAGGUGGUGAAUAUCAUGGUGUAACGCACAUUGUUUACCACGAAAAGUACAUCGGGGAGCAAGAACAUUCAUGGCGGUACGACGUGGCGAUUGUUACGCUGGACACACCCGCACAACCAUCCUUGACUCAAGCACCGAUAGCGUACAGUAAAAAUUACGUUCCUGGAGGCAGUCCAGCGGUAACAAGUGGAUGGGGAAGAACAAUACAUCCCGACGGAAAUACGUUACCUUCAGCCCUGCAGAAGUAUGAUCUUACCAUUUUGUCAAAUCAAGACUGUCAAAAACGGCAUACUUUGACCAUCUACGAGGACCAUAUAUGCGCGCUGUCCAAAGUUGGCGAGGGAGCUUGCAGCGGUGACAGUGGCGGUCCACUCGUUGUGAACAAUGAAGUCGUAGGAAUUACUUCAUGGGUGAAUCUAUGCGCUAAUGGGUAUCCUGACGUUUACACAAGAGUUUCUUCGUACGUCGAUUGGAUCACCGAACACCUUAAAGUUAAUCAAACCGAUGGAUACGAAUAAUGGAAUAAUCUCAUGCUCUCGAUAUGAUUCAUUAUUCACAAUUAUAGUACAUUGGUUCAAAAGAA